AAGAACGGCUAGGGGCAGGGCUCAAGGCUGGAGGGCCAGCAAGGGGCUGGGGCCGUGGUUUACCUGUGCACACUUGCUGACACUGGUGCUGCUCUGGGUUGUGUGGAGUCAGGUUGUGAGGCUCCAGAGCUGCACUGCAGACUCCAGGAGACCGAAGAAACAAAAGCGAAAGCAGCGGUGAGUGCCCGGAAAGGAGCUGGGGCAAAGGCUGGGCCCCAAGAUACCAGGUCAAGGUGUCACGUCCCGCUCUGAGCCCCACCUAGGAGCAAGGUCCAAGGCACUCCCAACCUCUCCCUGCUCUGUGGUUCUGAGGCAGGUGCUGUGAGAUGUGACCAGGGGCUCUUUGGGACAGAGAUCCCAGCUGUGGGAACUGGGAAACAGGCUUGGCUACACUCUGAGCCUCACUUUCCCCUCUUGGCACCAUCCAUUGCCAAGGACCAGAGCCCAAUGGCUGUCUGUGAAGGUCAGGUGCAAAGAUGGCAAGUGGUCUAACAUGGUCUCCUUCUCCCCACAAAGUGAGCUUGGAGAUUUCCAACCCACAGGAGGAAAGUCACACCCAGACCCCUUGAGAUGGAUCGAGUGACCAGAUACCCCAUCCUCAGCAACACACACUCAGCGCGGGUCACCAGCUUGGCGCUGGACGAAGACACCAGCUACCCGGUUGAGCUGGUGGGCGUGGGGCCUGAAGCUGGCUGGAGCCAGGAGGAUCUGCAGGUCUGGUCCGCUGAGUACCAGACCGAGCCAGAUGUGAGAACAAGCGCAGCCUUCACCAGACGAGUCUUCCCUGGCCAGCCGUCCCAGAGGUCACUGUACUGGGAAGAUGAGGAUGAAGAGAUGAAGGUUUACCAACUGGACAACAGCAGUGAUGCCGUCCACAGCCAGCCUAGGGACCUCGAGGCCCAGCGCUGGGCGGUCAUCCAGAGCCAGGCAGUCAGGAAGGGUGGCACAGUGGCCACGCUCCAGGCUGCGGCAGGUCACAGGGACCCGAGGCUUGCCGGCCAGCCUCGGGCCACAUUCUCAGAGGAGAGCUUGGUGGAUACAGAGCAAAUCGAUUUCCUGGCCGCUAGACAGCAAUUCCUGAGUUUAGAGAAGGCGAACACGGACCCGGUCACGUGGAGCCCCACAGCCAGGGAGACCCUUGCACGUACCCCACCGAGAGUCAACCAGUCCCCCAAGGCCUCCACCACGCUCCACCUAGCCAACGGCUAUGCCACUGCUGUCUCCUCACCAGCGAAGAAGGUGACCUUGACCUUGGAGAAGUCUGUCCACGAUUCCCCAGCUGGGUGUGCUUGUGCAGCCAACGACCCUGGUCACCACAUCCGUGCAGAGUCCCCUGAGACCCCCAAAGAGACACCCAUCGAGAGAGAGAUCAGACUAGCCCAGGAGCGUGAGGCAGAGCUGCGCGAGCAGAGAGGGCUCCGGCGGGCUGCCGGGCGUCAAGAGCUGAUACAGAUUCCCAGCAGGCCCCUGCUCAACAAGGUGAGCCUGACGGAGACACCCCCGCGAAGAGACAGGGGCCGCCCAUCCCUCUAUGUGCAGAGGGACAUGGUGCAGGAGACACAGCGAGAAGAAGACCAUCGGCGAGAGGGCAGAGCGUCCACACCAGACUGGCCUUCCCAGGACCCUCAGCCCGGCCUCCAGAGAAGCCUGAGCUCGGACAGCAUCCUCAGCCAGGAUGCCCGAGCCACAGACCCGGUUCCAGAGGCAAGGAAGGUCAACCGCAUCCCACCGGAUGCCUACCAGCCGUAUCUGGGCUCCGGGACCCCCAAACUAGAAUUCUCAGCCUUCGGAGCAUACAGCAAGCCGAGCGGUGUCUCCACAGCGGACACCUUCCGGAGGGCCACGGGGUCUCCCAGGCAUGCCUCAGAAUGCUCCGGAAGGUCUCUGAGCUCAGACCUUGAGUGGUCCAAGCCCCCUGAAAAGCCCCUUCAUGCCAACGGGGGUGUCGUGCAAUUACAGAAUUUCCACCUGCGUCCGCUGCGAUUCAAAGUCCCGGAUGUGCCCCAGCGCGCUGAGACCUCCCAUACCUGGGGCUGGGAGGCGGCCGGAGCCCCUGCGUUGAGGCUACAGAAGUCCCAGUCAUCUGACCUGCUGGAAAAGGAGGUGGAGAGCGUCCUGCGGAGAGAGCGAGAGGUGGCUGAGGAGAGGAGGAAUGCCUUCUUCCCAGAAGUGUUUUCCCCAGAGCUGGACCAGGACGAGAGCCAUGUGCAAGAGUCCCGGAGUUCCUCUCGGGCAUCUGGCAUCACAGGCAGCUAUUCAGUGUCGGAAUCACCACCCUUCACCCCCAUCCAGCUGCAUUCAGGCCUGGUGUGGAAGGUGGAGACGGAGACGCCAGAGGACGGCGCUCCGGGGCAGAAGACGAAAAGGGAGUCGUGGUACGCAGGCAUCAACCCCGCUGACCGUGUCAACUCCGAGGUCCUGGGAGCCACACGGGUAACGCGACACAAGAAUGUCUUGGCGGAACGCUGGGAAGCACGCAUCUACGCCAGCGAGGAUGACGACUGAGCCCGGAGACGGGGAUGCCCGUUCCCUCAUCCCAUCCCAGGCCUGCGCCAAGCGUCUGCUGCCAGGCUCCUACUUAAGCUCCCUGCUGGAGAGCCUGGCCUCACACCCAGCACAGGGUGUUUAUGGCCUGGAAGUUGGUUUGGCUUUCCUGGGGUGGGGAGUAUUUCCUGGGGAGGAGUGGUUCUCAGCUGGGGCCGAAAUGACAACCCCUGCCAGGACUCUGUGUAUCUAAGACCUUGCCAAAUGCUGUGCAGUUCAAAGAAGGAACAGGCACGGUAGGGUCUGGUGCCCUGGGAGCUGGGAGACCAGGGCUCGCCCUCAGCAGCCCCGGAAUCUGCCACUCGGAGAAAGAGGGCUCUAUUUAGGGACCUGCCAUUCCAGUCUUGCCAACCCCAAACGUGUUCAUGUUGCUACACAAUAAACUUGUCAUGAGCUGCC